AUGCCGACCUACUUCCAAAGACCGGAAAACGCUUUGAAAAGAGCAAACGAGUUCAUUGAUGUGGGCAAGAAGCAGAGAGCUCUCGAUGCCCUCUAUGAUGUCAUCAAAAGUAAAAAGCACAGAACAUGGCAGAAGAUCCACGAACCAAUCAUGGAAAAGUAUUUGGAACUCUGUGUUGAUUUAAAGAAAAGUCAUAUUGCAAAGGAAGGAUUAUACCAAUACAAAAAUAUUUGCCAACAAGUGAAUACUAAAUCUCUUGAAGAUAUAGUUAAGAGGUACUUGCUCCUUGCAGAAGAAAGGACCGAAAAUGCCAAAAAUGAAUCACACCAACUGGUUGUGGAUGUGGAUGAUUUGGACAUACUUCAGACACCUGAAAAUGUCCUGAUGAGUGCUGUCAGUGGAGAAGAUUCCCAAGACCGCAGUGAUAGAGCAAUUUUAACUCCAUGGCUGAAAUUUCUGUGGGAGUCGUAUAGGCAGUGUUUAGAUUUGCUCAGAAACAACUCUAUCUUAGAAAAGUUGUAUCAGGAUGUCGCACAGAAUGCAUUCAAGUUUUGUCUCAAGUAUAACAGGAAAACUGAAUUUAGAAAGCUUUGUGAAAAUCUGCGAACUCAUUUGGGUCACAUACACAAGAACCAAAAUCAACAACGAUCAAUAAAUUUGAACAAUCCAGAAAGCCAGUCGAUGCAUUUAGAAACCAGAUUAGCUCAGCUUGAUAGUGCCAUUCAGAUGGAACUCUGGCAGGAAGCUUACAAAGCAGUGGAAGACAUACACAGUCUUAUAAUUAUUUCUAAGAAGCAGCCAAAACCGUCAUUGCUGGCUAAUUACUAUCACAAACUUGCUUUGGUUCUCUACAAAUCUGGAAAUGCGAUGUUUCAUGCUUGCACCUGGCACAAACUGUACCAUUUACACAGAGAACAGAGGAAGAAUAUGACUGAGAGUGAUCUUCAAAAGUUGGCUUCAAGAGUUGUCUGCGCCACACUGGCCAUACCACUUCCAUCAGUAAGGAAUCAAAGCGAUCACAUCAUUGAUGUGGAUGACAAUGGACAUGAAAAACAAAAAAAACUUUCAAGUCUUCUUUCACUCAACGUUCCACCAAAUAGGAAUGGGCUCAUCAAGGAUUUGGCAAAAUACAAUAUCAUAUCGCAUGUUUAUGCUGAACUGGGUAACUUCUACAAUUUAAUGGAAGUUGACUUUCAACCUCUCACACUUUAUCCCCAAGUUUUGAGUUGUUUAAAUUUUAUGUCCAAGAAAGAAGAUCUCUGCCAAUAUGUUCCAGCCAUACAGGAAGUCGUCACUAUUAAAUUCAUCAACCAGAUGUCGCAAGUGUACCAGACUGUAUCCUUCAGUCAUCUCUUUUUUUUGAUGCCAUUUGGAGACACUUUUGCUCUGGAGAAGUGUGUGGUGGAGGCUGCCAAGCAUUUGAAUUUGCAGGUGAAAAUCAAUCACAAAGAUAAUUCUGUGAGUUUUGGGACAGAUUAUGAUUUGUCGCAUGACGAUGUGGUAGAAGGACCUCACUUGCAGAGUAUGCCUAGUGAACUUAUGAGGAAUCAAUUGAUUAACAUGGCAAAAGUUUUGGACCAAACAAUGGCUGUGAUAGAACCGAAAUAUGUAAUGGAAUCAAGAAGCAUUUUGAGACAACAAAUAAUGCAAGCAUACAAGCAGUCCUUCAAGAAGGAUCACUUUCAUAUGCUGCAGAGAAGACAAAUCAUUGAAGACAGAAAGGAAGAGUUGGAAAGUCUAAACGUUCAAAGAGAGAAAGAAGAGCAGGAAAUGGCUGAGGAGCAGAGAAGAAGGCAGUAUGAAGCUGAGAUGGCUCGUCUAACUAGGGAAGCUGACGAGCGAGAAAAACAAAGACGACUAGAUGAACAUAGAGAUAUACAGAAAAAAUUUGUUCGUGAAAGACUGGAACAGAUCAAGAGUACUAGUUUGGGAGCAAAAGCUUUUGCAGAUUUGAGUGAAGAUGCUCUUGCAAAUAUGGACAUGGAUGAUAUUCUGGCAAAGCAAGUUGAGCAGUUAGAAAAAGAAAAAAAAGAAAAGGAUGAAAAACUGAAGGCUCAAGAAAAAAAAAUUGAUUAUUUUGAAAGAGCUAAAUGCUUGGAGGAAAUUCCUCUGCUGUUGAAGAAGUAUGAUGAGGAUAAAGUCUUGCUGAAGAAUUUUUGGGAAGAAACUGAGAAAGAAAAGAUCAAAGAAAUGAUCAAAGAAAGAGAGCUAGCCUUGAGCCAAAGAAGUCGACUUCUUAGAAUAAAACCUGAUCAGGAAGAGUUUGUUGCUAGGCUGAAGUCGGAAAGAAAAAAUAUUUUCAAGGAGAAAUUAAUGGAAUUUGAGAAACAUUUCUUGGAAGAGAAGAAAAAGUGUCUUCUUGAGAGGAAACAGAAAAGGAAAGAAGAACGAAUGAGACUUUGGGCUCUGGAAAAAGAGGAAGCCAUUCAAAGAAAAAAGGAUGAAGAGCUGAAACAACGUGAGUCAACGACAUUAUUUCAUUCAAUGCUUUAA